AUGGGACUUUCAACUAGAGAGGUUGCAGAUCAAGAAGGUGUUAAUCAAUCAUCGGUUGUACGAAUAUGUAAAAUAUUUAAUGAAACUGGAAAUUUUGAUGAUCGACCCAAAUCUGAUCGCCCAAAAUCCUUGAGUGAAAGAUAUGAACGAAAACUCUUGCCACAAAGUUCUGAACCUGGGAUCGAGCUACAGUGUGCACUUGUAGAGAUGUAA